AUGAAAAAUAGUCUUGAAAGAUCUAAAUGUUCAUUGCCUCGAUUAAAAGAUUACUCAAAGGAGAAAGCAGAAAAACUUAAAUCCUUUUUUCGAUCCAAUCGAAGCAUAUCAGAAAAUAAGAUUAUUCAAAGUAAACUAAAAACAUCUAAAUUGCUGUAUAAUGAUGAAUUUUCUGAUGAUCAUAAUGUGAUGGCAUAUUAUAUGAAAAGUAGUGAAAAAUUGUUUGGAAUGAGAUAGAUGAUUAAUAGCACUUCAUUAAAAUCAGAUUAAGAAGAAACUAAAAAGAAGAAUUUUCCUUUAGGUUUGUUAAAACAUAGUUCUUCACCUUUAAAAUAAAUAAAAACAGAAACAGAAGUAGAACAAUUUAAAGAUUAAGAUUUAAAUAAUUAAAAUGAAAUGGAAUGUUUAUCAUUUUAAUAGGAAAUAAGCCAAAACGAGGAUUAAGAUUAUGAUAUGUUAAGUGAAGAAAGUAGUAGUGAUGAACCAAAAAGAUUUGAUGGAAUAGAAUUACAAUAAGAAAUUAAAAAAAUAUAGCAUAAACUACGUAAAUAUGAUAUUUAAUUAAUAGAUUAAGAAAUUGAUUAAUCUUAUUUCUAUUUCAUUAAGCGAUAAGAUAGAUUAAGAGAUUUGGCCAUCAAUUUCAAUAAAAAAAAUGUAGAUCCUAUAAAUUUUUAUUGUCUUAAUGAUAAUAUUUUUCCAAAAAGAAUAGAUCUAUCAAAUAGUCUAAUUAAUAAUAAGGAGAUGCAUUUUUCUGAUCUUGGAUUAACUGAGAAAUAUUUUCCUUUAAUAAAAAAUCUAUUAUAAUCAGUUAAGAGUAAGGCAGUCAAAUAACUGUUCUUAUGUAAUAAUUAAUUAGAUGACAAAUCCUUAUUGUAUUUGAUAGAAGGAUUUCCUAUGGCAUUAAAAGAAAUAAAUUUAGGGAAUAAUGUUUUAGGGAGAAGAGGAGCAGGUAUUAUUGUAAGCCAUAUUUAAAAAUUUCUUAAUUUAAAAUCAUUAAAUUUAUAAAAUAAUCUAUUAGGAGAUAAAGGAGCAACUUUAUUACUUAGUAGUAUAUAAAGGAAUAUGACUAUUAUAAAACUAAAUUUGUCAGAAAAUUAAAUUACUGAUUCAUGUUCUACUGUUUUUUAUUAGUUUUUAUUGUAGAAUAAUUUUAUUGAAAAUUUAGUUUUGAAUUGGAAUUAAUUGGGAUAGACUACUGGAACUAUGAUAGCAAAAGGUUUAUAAUAAAAUAGAUCUGUAAAAGUUUUAGAUCUUAGUUAUAAUCAUUUAGGAUAGAAUGAAAGAAGUAAUUGUAUAUAAUGUUGGUGUGAAGCAAUUAGUAAUCCACAAUUCUCUUUAGUUCAUUUGGAUAUUUCAUAUAAUUAACUUAGUGAAAAAUAAUUGAAAUAAUUUAGUUAAGCAUUAUUAAAAAAUAAUAGUUUAUAUGGUUUACAUAUUGAAGGAAAUAAAUGUUCUGCAAAAAUAGAUCCUUAUGGAUUCAUUAAAUUUAUAAAUGAUAGUGAAGAAUUUAAAGUAGUAUAAUAAAAAAAAAAUGUUAUAGAUGGAGUAAACUACAUUCCAAUUUAAGGGGAUAAUUUAUUUGGAAAUGAUUGUUGUUGGAUUUGUUAAGGAUGGAUGGAAUAUAGAUUUCAAUACAAUCCAGAAAAUGAUAGUAAUUAAGAUCCAAUCUUUAUACAUCUUGAUUUUUUAGAGUAAAAUUAUAAUUAACUAAUAGUUAUUAGCCAAUUCCUAUGACUAGUAGUUAUGAAUUAAGAUAAUAAUUAAUUGAAGCAUCUAAAAGAAAAAGUAGUUAAUUAGAUCUUACUACAGGUGAAAUUAUACAUUAAUUAAAAUAAUUGGUUAAUUCUGAAAAAAGGAUAACUUUGGCUGCAAUAACAGAAGCAUAUACUGAAGAAACAAGUAAAAAGAGUGAAGAAAUUACUAAAUAAAUGAUAUAAGAAUUAAGUAGGUUUUAUUAUACUACAUAUUAAAUGUGUCCUCCUAAAAAGAAAAUAUUAUAUUUUUUUUCUAAUCCUAUUAGAGAAGAAUAUUUUAUUGAUCCUAGAGUGAUGAAUAUGUCUGCUCCUUUGGAUGAUUUAAUACUUCAAGGCAAAGACCCUAAACACUCUAUUCAUAUAUUUCAAGAUGGAACAAAAUUGGCAUUUAAGAAAAUAUAAUUUGUUAAUUACAUUUAUUCAAGAUAAGAAUAUAUAAUUGAUGACAAAGAUAAUUAUAAACCAUUAAUUAAAGUAUUUCCAAGAUCAUCAUAAAAGAAAUAUGUUUUAAGAAGAUUUGCAAAUUGUUUAGUCAGAAAAUAAGCUCAUCUUAUUAAAUGGAAUAAGGAUGAUUCUAUUUUUAGACCAUAUAUUGGAGAUACAGAAGAAUUACUAAAUGAAUGUUUUGAAUUUGAUUGGAAUAGUAGUAAAAUUAGUAGAUUUGUUAAAAGUGAGUAUGAAAGAAUAAAAUUAAAAGAAUAUUUUAGAUCUAAUUAUUAACUUUUAAAAGAUGUUUAUAAAUUUUAUUCUAGUUUAGGUUAUUAACCUCCUAAUUUUGAUGUUUUUUGUAUAUAGAUUCCUUAAUAUAUGAAAUUAAUCAAUAAAUUAGCCAUUAUUGAUGGGGAUUUGUUAAAAUAGUAAGAUGUUGAAAUUGAUAUUGUUUCAUUAAAAAAUAAUAUUGAUCCUAAAUAUAUUUACAAUCCUGAUAAAGCAUUAGUAAGAUAUUAAUUUUUGGAAAUGUUUUUCAGAAUUGCUAAUGACAAAUAUAUUAGAAAUGAUAUUUAUAAAAGUUAUGCUGAUGCUCUUUUUAGAUUAUUAAAAGAAUUUAAAGAAUAAUAUGAAUAUUUUGAUAAUAUUUAAGAAUGGAGAACUUAAAGAUUAUGGACACGUGAAUGUGAUCAUUUAUUAUAAAUUAAAAUGCCUUUUGUGAAAAAACUAUAUGAUUAUGUUACAGAUAUUGCUAAUAGAAAGUGGUAUUUUAAAUUAAAAUGGAUUUCAAUUAGAGAAUUUAAAGAAUUCUGUAGAUAAUUUAAUCUUCAUGAAUAUUUAUCAGAAAAAUAAUAAGUUAUCAUAUAUAAUUUCUCAAUGAUGACUCAAGUUGAUGAAUUGACUUUAGAUAGAAAUAUAAGAAUGACCUUUAUUGAAUUUGUAGAAGCAUUAGGACGGAUAGCUGAAAGAAUUAGUGCUGCUCCUAUCACUGAUUCAAUUGAUAAUUAUACUAUAUUAUAGAGAUAAUUGUUGCCUUUACAUAUUAAAUUAGAAACUUUAUUGACUUAUUUAUAUUAUUAGAUGAAAUAAAAAGAUAUAGAAUUUGAGUAGUUUUGUGAUUUAUUUGUAUAUUUCAAACCAGAUUAAUCACCAAAGAUAAGUAUGCCAAAAGUUGAUAAAACUAAGAAACCAGAAAAAGAUCAUGACUAUCAUAAUGUAAUUUCUUCAUUUACACUUUAUAAUGCAGUCUCUUAUUUAAGUACUUUAUUCUAUUAGUUUAAGAUUAGAAUAGAUAGCCUUAUCUAAAUCCAAAAUAUAAAUAAUAUUUAAAACAAAAUGUAAUCCAAACAGCUCCUAUUCGCCCUUUUUAACAUAUUUUUUAAAGCGAUAAAAUACGAAAACCAAGAUUGAUUCCAGAUCCUUAAAAUUUGGAAUUAAGAUCAAAUCAUUAAUUAUAAAAUAAAUAAUAAAGUCCAAAUAUGUAAACUACUCUCUCUUAAAAUGCAUGA